CAUUAAGAAAAAAGCCUUAUGAAGAAUUGAAAAAACUAAUUCUUCAUAGGAAAAAAGAUGAUUCCAAAGUGACCAAUCGAUAUUAUGAUGAAGACGAUACAAGAAAGGGCAAAUACGAGGAACAAAACAGACUUGAAUUACUCGAGGACCUAAUUUGUCACGAAGGAUUACACAAUACAUAUUCUAUAAGUGUCAUAAGUUGGAUUGUAUAUUAUGGUCAUACAAGUCUUUUACAAAGUAUUGUUGAACUUCUUCUAGAACACAAUGAUUGUAUUGACAUGGUGUUUGGAUCAGAAAUUACCGAACAGUCAAGUUUGCUUAUUUUAGGGGCAUACUGUGGUAAUGAUGAAAUGAUGAAAUUAAUACUGAAAUAUGUUAAUGGUGACUGUAUCAACAAAACUCCUUUGACUACAAAUAUUAAUUGUCUUUACAAUGAACAUAGAACACACACGCCACUUACCGCAGCUUGUUAUUCUAGUCAUUUAUCAGUUGUACAUCUUCUUCACAAAAACAAUGCACAGAUAAAUCUAUGUGAUGAUUAUCCACAUUUCCCAUUGGAAUUAGCAUCAUCAAAAGGACAUGAUGACAUUGUUCAGUAUCUGGUACAGAACGGAGCAAAUGUUAACCAGUGUGAUGAGUUUAGCAGGUCUUCAUUGCAUAGAGCAUCAGCAAAUGGACAUUAUGGCGUUGUGAAAUAUCUAGUAGAGAACGGAGCCAUCGUUAACCACUGUGAUAAAUAUAACAGGUCUACAUUACAUAGGGCAUUAGAAGUAGGACACAAUGAUAUAAUAGAAUAUCUUAUACGAAAUGGAGCCGAUGUUAACUUGUGUGAUCGUGUGAAGAAAACCCCACUGUUUGAGGCAGCGGAAAUCGGUAAUAUUGAUAUCGUGAAAUAUCUUAUUAAAAAUAAUGCAGAUUUUACAAUUGGAACUGAUAAUAAUAUUUCCCCAUUACAUAUAGCAGUAUGGUUAAACAAUUCUGAAAUAGUCAAAGAAUUAAUAAAAGCAGAAAAUGAUAAAAUACCGCUGUCAGGUAAUUAUCAUUUAUUACAUAUACUAUUUGAUAUAAUAAAGUCAAAUAACUGUUUUGAUGAUAGACCAUGGAAUGACAGAAGCGUUACCAAGAAGAAACACAAUUUAUCGAAAGGACUGUUAAAUUUUAUCAGAUGGGAAAGAUCGUUUUUGUUAAUAAAGCUUUUGAAGUUAGGGCAUAAUGUUAAUUAUUGUGAUUGCAAGGGACAGUUACUGUUUAAAAUGAUCGAAGACCAAAGUGUAAUGGAAAGGGUCCAGAAGGUUGAUUUAUUGAUACUUAAUGGAGCUGAUAUCACAGCCAGAGAUGAUAAAUGUAUGUCCUUAUUAGAACAAACAAGACGGAUGAUAAAUAAUAGGAAAAGGAAAGGACGUGGCUGUGACUCCUACCAAAACAUAAUGUUGAUAUUAAAACAACGUGUUAGAAGAUUUUCAGUGUAA